AAAUAUUUUUGAGUGCCACUCAGAUCACAGGAUUCUGUCCUUCGGAUGAUGCCCAGAUGAAGGCGGCGGCGGCGGCGUCACCCGACCAUCACCUCCUCCCCUCAUCCUCCACCUCCCGAUGCCCCACGCCGACAACAAAUCCAGCCGUCCCUCCUGCCUCCUCCUCUCCCUCCACCACCACCUCUCGCUCGGCCGCCUCGACCUCGCCGUCGACGCUCUCCCCCUCCUCGCCCGCCGCGGCCUACGCCCAGAUCCCUCCACCCUUUCUCUCCUCCUCGGCCAAUGCCUCCGCUCCGGCUCCCUCCCCCUAGCCCGCCGCGUCCACCUCUUCCUCCGCCUCUCCGGCCUCAAGCGCUUCUACCCCUCCUAUACCCCUCUCUCUAACCACCUCCUCGCCUUCCACUUCCUCCGCGGCCGCCCUUCUGACGCCCGCCGCCUCUUCGCCCGCAUGCCUCACCCCAACCUCUUCUCCUUCAACGCCAUGCUCGCCGGUUACGCCCGCCUAGGCCUUCUCCGCCCCGCCCGCCGCCUCUUCGACCGAAUGCCUCACCGCGAUGUCGUCUCCUGGAACACCAUGAUCAUCGCCUUCGCCCGCGCCGGUUCCUUCCGCGAUGCCGUCGGCCUUUACUCCCAGCUCCGCCGCUCCUCCUUCGGCUUCAACCCCCACACCUUCUCCGGCCUCCUUAUCGCCUGCAACCGUCUCCGCGACCCAGGCCUCAGUCGCCAGGUCCACGCCCAGGUCUUUCUCGUCGGGUUCUUGUCCAACCUCAUCAUCUCGAGCUCCCUCGUUGAUGCCUACGCUAAAUGUGGAUACUUAGACGACGCAAGGAAGCUGUUUGACGAGAUGCCCACGAGAGACGUGCUUGCCUGGACCACGCUUGUCCACGGUUAUGCCAAUUGCGGUGACUUGGUCUCGGCUCGUACGCUGUUCGACAAGAUGCCGGAGAGGAAUCCGGUCUCGUGGACUGCCCUGAUAGGAGGCUACACACGUCAUGGUCAUCCGUUCGAAGCUCUCGACUUGUUCCAGAGAAUGAUGAGCCAGGGCAUUAGGCCUGAUCAGUUCACUUUCAGUAGCAGUCUCUGUGCUUGCGCCGCUAUUGCUUCGCUGAAGCACGGGAAGCAGAUUCACGCCCGGCUGCUGCGAACCGGUUUCAAUCCCAACGCAAUAGUCCUCAGCUCUCUUGUCGACAUGUACUCCAAAUGUGGGGAUUUGACGGGAGGCCGAUGGGUUUUUGAUCUCACCGAUCCUGGUACGAAGGACACCGUGAUGUGGAAUACCAUGAUGUCAGCAGUCGGGCAGCAUGGUCUUGGGAGGGAGGCGAUUGGGAUGUUUGAGGAAAUGAUUAGUGCUCACAUGAAGCCUGAUGCCAAUAGCUUCGUGGUGCUCCUCACUGCUUGCAGUCACUCAGGUCUUGUGGCGGAGGGGCUGCAACUGUUUAAAUCCAUGGCAGAAAGCCACCACAUUGUACCUGAAGAAGAUCACUAUGUGUGUCUGGUGGACCUGCUAGGCCGUGCGGGACAUUUCGAAGAGGCGAUGGAGUGGCUUGGAAAGACGCCGUGUAGAUCAAGUGCUCGGGCUUGGAAUGCAUUGCUCGGGGCAUGCAGGAUUCAUAGGAAUCUACAGUUAGGAAGGGAGGUGGCGGAGCGCCUUCUCAAGUUGGAGCCUCAUAGUUCUGCAGCAUAUGUGCUUCUUUCAAAUAUCUAUGCUGAUGUUGGGAAUUGGGAGACUGUUGAGAACGUAAGGCGCUUCAUGGAGGAGAAAAAAGUGAGGAAGGAGCGAGCUGCAAGCUGGAUUGAAGUUGAUGAUUCUGUCCACUCCUUUGGAGCCUCAGAUCAGUUGCACCCCUUGAAAGAAGGCAUAUAUGCUGCAUUGGAACAAUUAGUAUGUCAGGUUGAAGAUGAUUCUUCUAUAACCUAGUAGCUUAGCUGCAAAGUAACGCUUCAAUUUUGCUCUUACCCACAUGACAGUGAUUUUUACCAUUAUUUGCGGAAGCCACUAUUUUACAUGUGAACACUGGUGAAGACCAGAGUUCCCCGUUUCAGCUGCGGAUGUUAACCCAUUUCUUUUGGGAUCAAAUUCUUAUAGAACAUCUCUGAUUAUUGGAUUCAGUGAACUGCUCCAGCAUUGUACAAUAGGAAGAUAUUGAUAACCAUUUGUCUUUCUCCCAUGAUGCUGAGUGGAAGUAUAUUUUGCACAUUAAGUAAAUUUGAUGAAGCAAGAGGCCAAGCAAUGUCUGUUUUUUCUGUCUCCUUUAUUUUAUUUUUUUUGGUACUCUUUUAUCUUCUCAUUGCCUUCAUGAUAUCCAGAAAGCCGAAUUCCAAUGAAACGAAUCCACCAUUUGAAAGACAAUAAAUUAAGCCCUUGAUUAUCACAUGUUCCUGUUGGUUAUAAUUACUUUUGACGCAGUUUCUAUUUUCAAUAAAAAAUAAGUGCUAAUAUUCUAUCACUCGCCCAGUUACAAUUUUCUCCUCCAGAGGGUAGCUCAAUCAUGAAUUGUUGCUUCCAUGCAGGUUUAAUUUUAAGGCUUAGAGGCGGGCAAGAGAUCACUCAUCACUAAUUAUCCUUGUGUUGUCAGAGGAUGUAAAGAAAUUUCCAAUAAAUAAUCUAUUUUUUCUCCUCCAGAACUGUACAUAUUUUGUUGUAAAAUUUUGUAGUUCAGGCGACACCAAGAAUUAUCAGUUGGCCAAUUUAAUUGAUGUUGUACAAUUUAGAUUGAUGCUGAUUUAGAUCUAGCAAAUUUUCUUGUGGCAAAUUUUCUGGUUCAUAAGUCUGUCAAGGACUCUUGGUUUGCAAUGUGACAUUAAGCAGCUCAUGUUUAAUCGAACUGGCUGCAUCA